AUUAUUCCAAACCACUCGGUGGCGCCCAAGCGUCGAGUUUGCCACCGUCACAUGGAGAAGAAGAAGAAGAAGGAGCACAAGUGGGCAGGGCUAGCAUAACUGUAGAAGAAGUUUCUGGUAACGUUGGGAAUCAACGCUCAUGUUUGCUGUCUAACAAUUUUCUGUGUGUAACUGAGUGGCUCAGUAACCCGGCUGUUAGACGGUGGGAGCUGGAGUACUGACUCUAACCUGGAGCAGGCUAAGCCGAAGCUACAGGCUGUUUACUCUGGGCUACGGCUACGGCUAGGACUAACUGUAAGCAGUGAUGUUCGGGUGUUUGGUCGCAGGGAGGUUGGUGCAGACAGACGCGGUGCAGCUUUCCCCGGACAAGUUCGUCUUUAACCUGUCGGACUACGAGAAUGUGAACCAUGUGGUGGUAUUCAUGCUAGGUACCGUGCCGUUCCCUGCCGGCAUGGGCGGUGCCGUAUACUUCUCUUUCCCUGAUCCGGCGAGUGGCGGUCCCGUGUGGCAGCUACUCGGCUUCAUCACCAACGACAAGCCCAGUGCCAUCUUCAAGAUCUCUGGGCUGAAGGCUGGAGAGGGCGGGGCGCACCCCUUCGGUAUUAUGACCUCUUCUGCGUCUCCCUCCGUUGCUCAGGUCGGCGUGUCAGUGGAGGCUCUGGAGCAGCUGGCUCAGCAGAUCCCGGUGUCCAGCGCCGCGGUGUCCACCGUAGACACCUUCCUGCAGUUCACCCAAAAGAUGUUGGACAGUCUGUACAACUUUGCCUCUUCCUUCGCUGUGUCUCAGGCCCAGAUGCUGCCGAACCCCACAGAGACUUUUAUUCCUUCCAGCUGCAUCCUCAAGUGGUAUGAAAACUUUCAGAGGAGGAUGGCGCAGAAUCCGAAUUUCUGGAAAAACUGAGAACAUUUAAGACCAAAGAGCAAACCUGCUGAGGACAAUUUCCAGGGUGCCUACAGGUCAACAAAAUCAGUGUCGACCUUCAUCUCUGUCACAAUGCCUCUUCAGCUACAGAAAAACUGCUGCUCACAAUGACUCCAUCCCAUCUUUUAUCGGUCUGAACAAUAAAGCACUUGAAUUUAAAAGGAAAAGAUGGUUUUCAGCCACAUGUACUUCCUAGAUGACACAGUUAAAUUGAAUCCAUUCAGUUGGUUUUCAAUGUCUUAGUCUUGCUUAAUAGUUCCACCCCCCCAUGAGAGCAUUUAGUUGUUUCCUUAGGGCAUAGGGCAUUUCUUCAGUAUGGUCAAGAAGACAAGACAUGGUCAGAAAAAGGAAAUAAGGAAACAUUUGGAUUUUUGUAAAGUGCUAAAUGAAGAGGGAGACAUAAAAAUCAGAGGGAAAAGCAAAACAAAAAAGGCAGUAUUUUCCAAAGAGAUACAUAAAUUCAACAACAAAACUAAUUAAUUAACAAACAUGCUGAUUUUUAAUUAUCAUAAACUGUAUAAAAACUAAAAUGGGGCAAGCUUAAGAAUAAUUCAACCACAAACAGACUCUGUAACUGAAUUAUUAGUA